ACUGGAUGAUACUAUAAACAGAACACAACGAUCCCCUCCACCUUUCGGGUUUCAAAGACUUGCUUUUAAGAAGACCUGAGGGAAUGUUUAGGGGCGUGGCUCAUUGAUUGAUUAUUAAGUUGAUUAACCUGUGUAGCGCUGUAGAUCACGUAAUCUAAUUAAUAUUCAUGAACUAGCCCAGGGCCCGGGGAGGAUUAACCCCGCACUGCCCGUGUGAAUCGGCUGAUAAAUAUAUCUCAUGAGUACAGUAAAUAAACGCCCAUGUUUUUGUCCUUAAUUACUUCUGGCUCAACCAGGUAAAGAACCGGUUUCAAAACUGAAAGUUUUCAUCAAGGAAGGACGAUAAAUUCACCGACGAUUCCCGGUCAACGCCUGCCUUUUUCUAUGGAGGAAAAAAAGCCAGAUCUCUCUCCAGAACCCAGCUGUGUGUCAAUAAGUGGGAGAUCCAUUAUUCAGCCCCCACAAUUCAGUGAUGGAGCAGAGACCUUUGACCCCAGGAAGAGUCAGAGAGCAGCAUCUCAAGAACUCAGCUGUGACAGAUCCAUUAUUCAACCCCCCAAAUUCAGUGAUGGAGCAGAGACAUCUGAGCUCAUGCAGCACUUCACAGUACCAGCUCUUAAGACACGCACACUGCUGGAGAAAACUGGAGACCUGCAAAAGAAUUCUUGUCAACCAGUAGAUAAUGUCCUGCAGAAUGUCAAACAGAAACACAAAACCUACAUGAAGAAUAAGUAUGAAAGCUUAUUUGAAGGAUACAAAAGACCAGUGAAUAAAACACCUCUUGAAAAGAUUUACACACAGCUCUACAUCAUAGAGGGAGAGCGUAAAGUGGUGAAUGAAGAACAUGAGGUUUUAAACAUGGAGAAAACAGCCAGAAUUCAACACUUACAAGACACUCCAAUCUACUGCAAUGACAUCUUUAAACCCUUACCUGAACUAGGAUGUGAGGAGAAGAGAAAAGACAAAAUAAAGACUGUUCUUACGAAAGGCAUCGCUGGAAUUGGAAAAACAGUCUCUGUGCAGAAGUUCAUUCUGGACUGGGCUGAGGGAAAAGCCAAUCAGGAUGUAGAUUUCAUGUUUGUGUUUCCAUUUCGAGAGCUGAACUUGAUUAAAGAUGUGCAGUACAGUCUUUACAAACUUCUGCUGGACUUUCAUCCAGAACUUCAUGAUCUGGACUCAAAGAUUUAUGAUGAGUGUAAAGUUGUGUUCAUCUUUGACGGUCUGGAUGAAAGCAGAAUUCCACUGAUGUUUUCAGACAGUGAGAAAGUUUCUGAUGUGACUAAGACUUCAUCAGUGGGUGUGUUGAUGUCAAACCUCAUCAAAGGAGAGCUGCUUCCCUCUGCUCUCAUCUGGAUUACCUCCAGACCAGCAGCAGCCAAUCAGAUCUCCUCCAUUUACAUCGAUCGUGUGACAGAAAUUCAGGGAUUCAAUGACCCUCAGAAGGAGGAAUAUUUCAGGAAGAGAAUCAGUGAUGAGCAUCAAGCCAGCAGAAUCAUCUCACACAUUAAAAAAGCAAGAAGCCUCCACAUCAUGUGCCACAUACCAGUCUUCUGUUGGAUCUCAUCCACUGUGCUUCAAAAUAUCCUGAAACAAGAUGACAGUGCAGAAAUCCCUCAAACUCUGACUGAAAUGUACAUCCACUUCCUGCUCAUUCAGAUCAAUAUGAGGAAUCGGAAGUAUGAAGAGAGAGAUCCAGAGAAACUCCUGCAGUCCAACAGAGAAGUGAUUGUGAAACUUGCUGAACUGGCUUUCAAACAGCUGAUGAAGGGCAAUGUCAUGUUCUAUGAGGAGGACCUGAGAGAGAGCGGCAUAGACCUCACUGAUGCCUCAGUGUAUUCUGGGAUCUGCACUGAGAUCUUUAAGGAGGAAUCUGUGAUUCAUCAGAGGAAAGUCUACUGCUUCAUACAUCUCAGCUUUCAGGAGUUUCUGGCGGCUUUUUAUUGGUUCCACUGCUUUGUGAGUAGCACCAUGGAGGCACAAAAGUUUUUUGAUUCAUUGCAUAAUUUGCUCAGAGGAGUAGUAGAUAAAGCCCUGCAGAGUGAAAAUGGACACUUGGAUCUUUUCCUGCGAUUCCUGCUGGGCAUUUCACUGGAGUCCAAUCAGAGACUCUUACAGGAUCUGCUGACACACACAGAGAACAGCUCAGAGAACAUCAAGAAAACCUCACAGUACAUUAAAGACAAAAUCAAGAGUGACAAACAUCUCUCGAAUGAAAGAUCCAUCAAUCUGUUCCUCUGUCUGCUGGAGAUGAAAGAUCAGACUCUGUACAGAGAGAUUCAGGAGUUUGUACAAUCAGAUAAACACUCAGAGAAUAAACUCUCUCCUGCUGAAUGUUCUGCAAUCGCCUACAUGCUUCAGAUGUCAGAGGAGGAGUUGGAUGAGCUGGACCUGAAGAAAUACAACACAUCAGAGGAGGGUAGAAGAAGACUUAUACCAGCUGUGAGCAACUGCAGAAAAGCUCUGUGA